GGUUUUAGAGGACCAGGCAGACCAAACACCAAAGGUAGAGAUGCAGGUGGCCCCACGGGACCUGGUGGAAGAACCAGAACAGGUCGUUGUAAAGGACCAGAGGAGGAAACCAGUAAACAAGGUGGUUCUGGUUUGUGAGAUUGAGAUGAAGAAGUUAGAGCAGGUGGAGCAGGUGGACCCAGUGGAAAAACCUGACCAGGUCGUGAAAAGGGUAGAGAAACAGGUGGCCCCGCUGAACCUGGUUGAAGAACCAGAGCAGGUCAUCCUGAAGAACCAGUGGAUGGGACAUGUAAAAAAUAAGAUUCAUUGCAUAGAGAAUGAGAUAAAGAAGGAGGAGAGGCAGGUGGACCCGCUAAACCUGGUGGAAGAACCAGAGCUGGUCAUCCUAAAGGAGCAGGGGAAGGGACAGGUAAAAAAUAGGGUUAGUUUUAUAGAGAAUGAGAUGAAGAAGGAGGAGAGGCAGGUGGACCCGCUAAACCUGGUGGAAGAACCAGAGCUGGUCAUCCUAAAGGAGCAGGGGAAGGGACAUGUAAAAAAUAGGGUUAGUUUUAUAGAGAAUGAGAUGAAGAAGGAGGAGAGGCAGGUGGACCCGCUAAACCUGGUGGAAGAACCAGAGCUGGUCAUCCUAAAGGAGCAGGGGAAGGGACAGGUAAAAAAUAGGGUUAGUGUUAUAGAGAAUAAGCUAAAGAAGGAGGAGAGGCAGGUGGACCCAGUGAAUAAAACAGACCAGUUCGUGAAGAAGGAGGAGAGGCAGGUGGACCCAGUGAAUAAAACAGACCAGUUCGUGAAGAAGGAGGAGAGGCAGGUGGCCCCGCUGAACCUGGUGGAACAACCAGACCAGGACAUGAAGAAGGAUCCAGCAGCUUUGGAGGACAAAAUAUGGAAACUGAAGGAGCAGAACCUGGAUAGAGGAUGCACUGAAGAUCCACUGAAGAACGUCUCCAAGGUGUCUUCAAACAAACCAGACCCCCAGCAGCUGCAGGACGACGUUCUUGUUCCCAUCGUCGAAGCCCAACCUGAAGAGUCCGGGGCUCUGAUGGAGAGCGCGUGUGAAGAUGAAGGUGUCCCGAUGCCGAAUUCAAGGAGAACCAGCCUGAGAACCAAACGGUUCCAGUUCUUCAACGUCUGAAGCUGAGGUGGUGACGGUCCGGAGAUCAUCCAAUCACACGCCGACUUUUCCAACAUCAAAAUAACA